AUGGGAUGUGAUUGGGUUUUAUUAGUGGCUAGUUUUGUUGUAAAAUUCAAAAAGUCCCUUCAAUUCUGUCAAUUCUCUCAAGUUUUAUCAUCAUUUCAUUAUUCUCCUACUGGCGGAAGUGGAAGCGGAGGAGGAUUUAGUUUAAGAAACAUUUUAGCUGAUGAUGGAGGAAGAGAUUAUUAUUCUCGUUCUUCUUCAAUACAACAACAACAACCACCACCACCACAGCUUUCUUCGUCGUCUUCUUCUUCGACUUUACAAUUAUCACCAAAUCCAUUACCACCAUCAUCACCUCCUUCUCAUAAUAACAAUAAUGAACAAAAUAUGUCAGAUGUUGAAAUUGCUACUACGAUUUCUUCUUUAUCUCAAAUACAAAAUGAUAAAUUAAAUUAUUCAAAUGGAACAAGACAAAAAAACAAUUCAAUGUCAAUUUCUUCAUUAAUAGUUAAUACCGUCAAUAAUACCAUCAAUCCCAUUAAUAAUUCGGUUAAUAAUAAUGUUAAUAAUCCAUUUAUAAAGAUUCCAACCAAAGAACCAAAAGGAAUCGUAAAAAAAAGUCCACAAAAACGUAGACCUUCCGAUUCGACCGAUUAUUCUCAAAAACAAAAAAUUCAUCAUCCAAAUAGUCCCAAAUUUCAUGAAAUAAGGGAUCAAUUAGGAAAAGAAACAAAACCAAAUCAUUUAUCUCCCGCGUCAGUAUCACAAGUACAUUCUAUGGAUUGGGAAAGUCAACCACCCCAACAACCCCCAUCAUCACAACAGCCACAACCCUUACCACCAUCGUCAUUACAAUCACCACAACCAUAUCCAAGAUCACAUAAUAAUAUUAUUAUUAUUCCACCACAAUCUGAUAUUUCAUCAUCAUCAUCAUCAUCAUCAAAUCGUUAUAAUUCUCAACCACAACCACCACCACCAUCACAUCAACAUCUACAUUCGCAUCCACAUUCAUCAUCGAUAUCAAAGAAUAAUGGUAUGGGAUCACCUCCAAUGUCAGCGGUUGAUACUAAACCUUCAAAUAUGAAAUCACCAUACUUGAUAAUUGAUCGAAAUGAUCGAAAUCAAAAAUCCUCUUCUCCCCCAAUUCAUCCAAACAAUGGAUUUUCACAUGGUGGAAUGGUUGGAAAUCAUCUUGUAAAACAUCCUGGAUAUCCUCCAAAUAAUAAUGGAUAUAUGCAUCCAUCAGAGAUGAAUCCUUCGAAUAUACAAUCUCGUCGUGUUUCUGAUCCAUCAUUACCACAAAAUUCUAAUCCUAUGUCAAUGUCACGUAAUAAUGUAUUGGGUUAUCCUCCUCCACAAAUAAAUGGAAUGAAUGGUCCUCCAAUUCCUGAUCAACAACAACAGCCACCGCCACCACCUUCUCAUUCUCACUCUCACUCAAAUCAUCGUCUUCCAAUGAAUAAUUCACUUACAAAUCAUAGAAAUCCAUCUUUACCAAAUGUUUUAUCACCUUCUGAAUCAUUACCACCACAAGGACCACCAUCAUCAUUAUCACAUCGAAAUUCUACAUCAUCAUCAUCAUCGUCAAGAUCAGGAAGUAUAUCUACAACUUUACCUCCAAUGCAAUCAUCCCCUACACAUCCAUCACAUCCACCACAUCAUCAUCAUCAUCCCUCUUCUUCAUCUUCUCAUACUCAUCAUCAUUAUCCUCAAGAACAUCAUAAUCAUUCACAUCAUCCUCAUGCACAACAACAACAACAACAACAAAAUCACCAUUAUCAUCAUUCACAAACAAAUCAACCUAAUAAUUAUAUUUCACCUCCACCUCCAUCUGUUCCAUUAACACCGCAAGGACCACCACCGCCACCACCACCAACACCAUCACAACAUUCUUAUAAUAAUCAUGUAACAGGUAAAUCUCCACCAUCAAUUUCAAUGGGUCAACCAUUAACCAAUUUCUUAAGGGAUUCUUCAGGACCAAUUAUUAAUGGAUAUGGAGGUAAUCCACAUCAUCACAUACAAUCACAAAAUGGAGUAAUGAAUGGAGCAAUGAAUGGGGGAGGGAUAAUGGGUAAUUCUCAUUUACCGCCACCGCCACCACAACAACAACCUCCUCCUUUAUUACCUCAUCAACAACAAUUAGGUCCUCCUAUUAAUGGGGAAACUUUUUAA